UCUAUCUAUCUAUCUAUUGUGGGAGAAAAAGAGAGAGCGAGAGAGAGAACAUGACCAUUUGUUUCUGGUGUGAAAUGUGUCAUCCAGGAAUCUGGUAAAAGGAGCCUCAGAGCUUUUGUAGGGAUUCCUUGCAAUCUAGAAUUGACCCUUUUAUACGUAUUCCCUUCGUUUCAUUAAAUCUCAUAUGAAUGUCUUUCAACACACACAAAUACAGUGAUAUACAUAUGCACACACAUAUAUAGCUACUAUAUACAUAAAAAACACAUAUAAACCAAUAUAUAUAUAUAUAUAUAUAUAUAUAUAUAUAUAUGCAUGUAUGUAUGUGUGUAUAUAUGUGUAAAGCCUCUCAUAAUAUUUAUGAAUGUAUUUGUAUACACACAUGCGUAUAUUUACGUGUGUAAAUAUAUAUACAUCCACAUUCAACACUCACACACAAAAAGCAUAUGUUUAACGCAUUAAUAUUUAUCUCAUUGUAAAAGUGAGAACUAAACAAGGUGUAUAUAUAUAUAUAUGAAACAUACUUGAGUGAAUGUGUAUGGGUAAGUGUGUAUAUUCAAUUAUAUGGAUAUAUAAUAUAAAUUACAUAUGUAUGUACGUAUGUAUAUAUGUAUAAAUAUAUAUGUAUAUACAGAGAAAGAAAGAGACCUUAUGAUGAAAACCUUGUCUAAGGUUUCGAUUCACGUCGAGAAAUCUUGAUACAUUUCUCUUAUAGAAAUUUAAUAAAUUAUCUAUUUUUGAUAAUUGAUAUUAACUGGUGAUAUUUUACAAUUAUUUGUGUAUUCAAUGUAUUAACGGAUUAUCUUACCGAGUGGAAACAUUAAAAAGGAUAAAAAUUAUCGUGGAAAAUAUUUUUUUAAAAAAUCAGAAAAGUGGCGUUAAAUUGUGUGAAAAAAUUGCGUCAUUUUAAGAAGAAAUUAUCAAUGAGAAAGAUGGAGAGAUUGACAGAAUUUGUAAGUAAAUCGUUCGAUGCUGGGUCGGAUCAACAAAAGAAUGAUUUCAAUGAGAAAAUGCAACUAAUAUCGGAAUUAAACAGUCCUAAUAUUGAAAGCUCAUCCCAGUUCGAUAACCAUCAGUCAGCAGUGUCGAAGGCAGUCGGGGUAGCGGCGGCGGCGGCGGCGGCAAUCCUGCCGUCCCCCUAUCGCCAGUCGCUGGUCGAAGUGACUAGUAGCACUUCUUCAACAGGUUCCAGUGGACAUUUACCGAGGGAAAGUAAUCAGGAUAUGACCACCAUAGACGUUGUGGAUGAGGCUGAGUUAACAUCGAGUAAGAGCGUGAAUUCCAUAUCGAGUGCCAGCGAUCUUAACUGCAGACAAUCGUUCUCAGACUGUACAAAAGACAACAGAUCAGACGUCGAAGAUGACGACCAACCGAAAUUAAAACAAAGAAGAAGCCGUACCAAUUUCACACUGGAACAGUUGAAUGAGUUGGAACGGUUGUUCGACGAGACACAUUACCCAGAUGCCUUUAUGAGAGAAGAACUCAGCCAGAGACUAGGACUGUCGGAAGCCAGAGUUCAGGUCUGGUUCCAGAACCGCCGAGCUAAGUGUCGAAAACAAGAGAGUCAAAUGCAAAAAGCUGGAUUACUCUUGCAAUCUCCAGGAACUCCACUAGACACCUGUCGGGUAGCACCAUUCUUCAAUAUGCCUCCAAUUCGAGAACCAAUGGAAAGGUUUGCCAUGCCACCUUUCCCCCCUUACUACCCCUACCAUGCUGCUGCGGCUGCCGCGGCUGCUUCUCAACACCCACUUCAUCCCAUCUUCUUCUACCCGCACCAUUACACUGCACUCAACUACGCCAUGAUACCAGACAGCAGCUUUAAAACAAACAAAAGUUCCAGUAUUGCCGAUCUCAGGUUGAAAGCCAAGAAACACUUAGCAACGUUAGGACUAUGAACUGACAAUAACUGUACUUUCUCAUUUCGUUUUUGUCUUCUCCCUUCGCCACCACCACCACCACCACUACCACCACCACCACCACCACCACCACCACUACCACCACCAAAUUGUUUUCGUUUCAUUUUAUAUAAACACUGUUUGUUUGUUUGUUGUUUUUUUUUUCACCCUAAACCUGUCUUCUGUAACACCCAGUUAUCAUCAUGGCGGCCAGUUUCCACUCAAUAAAGGCAGACGACUCAUUCCGGCUCACCUGGAGGAGUUUUUGCUGAGAAUCGUAACUUGAACAAUGCAAAGGACCUCACUUCUCUCACUCAGACAGCAGCGACAACAACUUUUAUUGCACACACCACCACCAACAACAACAACACCAACAGUAAUGAAUUAAUAUAUUAGUGCGUGUGUGUGUAUAUAUAUAUAUAUAUAUAUAUAUAUAUAUAUACAUAUAUAAUUACGUGCACAUUUGUGUCUGUGAGAGUUAGGAGCCACAGUAUAAAAAAGGAUGAGAGAAAAAGAGAGAAAGAAAGACAUCUAUAUAUUUACAUAUAUACGUGUGCGUAUGUGCGUACAAGGCGUAUGUGUGUGCGUAUGUUUACUCUGUAUAUGUGUGUAUUUUGUGUGUGUAACGGAGGAUAUGCAUGAGACAGGUGUGUUAGAUGUUGACAAAAGCAAAACAAUGCAUUGAUCUUCCUCAAGAGUUGGUUUCUGCAUCUCACUUCAACUGGAAGAGUAAAACGGUGAAAGGUCGAUGUCAGAACGAUAACUGUGUAAAUAAAAAAAGAAAAAAAAAAAAAGAAAUGGACGUUUGUGUUUCCCUGUUUUUGUUCAUCACAGAACUUCACCGAUGUUCUGACACCAAUGUAUACAUACGUACGUACAUA